AUGUCAUCAUCAGCCUCCUCAUCAGCCCAACCAGUUGCUGGACCAAGCGGCCAGCAGAACGGCGAGAAUGACGAGCGAAACAGUGUCGUCAUCAAGGUCGGGAUGGUUGGGGAUUCACAAAUUGGCAAGACAAGUCUGAUGGUCAAGUACGUGGAGGGCAGUUUCGAUGAGGACUAUAUCCAGACGCUGGGCGUCAACUUUAUGGAAAAGACAAUCUCUGUACGGAGAACAACCAUCACUUUUUCGAUAUGGGACUUGGGUGGUCAGCGCGAGUUUGUGAACAUGUUACCCCUCGUUUGCAACGAUGCGGUCGCAAUUCUGUUCAUGUUUGAUUUGUCACGAAAGUCGACAUUGAACUCGGUCAAGGAAUGGUAUAGGCAGGCUAGGGGUUUCAACAAAACUGCGAUUCCCUUCUUGAUUGGAACAAAGUUCGACCAAUUUGCAACCUUCCCUCGGGACGAACAGGAAGAGAUCACGAAGCAGGCAAAGAGAUUUGCAAGAGCAAUGCACGCGUCCCUCAUCUUCUGCUCGACAUCGGCCUCGAUAAACGUACAGAAGAUCUUCAAAAUCGUGCUCGCAAAAGCGUUUGACCUGAAAUGCGUUAUUCCGGAGAUCGAAGGCGUAGGAGAGCCUAUAUUGAUCUACGUUGACGUCUGA